AUGGGUUCCAAGCAACCCCACUGUGAUGCACUUAGUCGGUUGUGCGAGUCCCCUCGCGAUUGCACGUGCAGCGAAGUGGACACCACCGAACCCCUCAAAUGUGGCCCCUGUCGUAAAUGCCGGCGGCUGGCGGAGUGCAUGGAACUGGUGUGGCCAGGUAAAUUUCCGUAUAAAUUUGGAUCCAAAGUAAAUCGGGAAACUGUUCAACCGGAAGUGCCCCAAGAGCUGACCCCUUGCAGGGCAGUUACCCAGGUUGAAGCCGGCACCUCUACUGAAACGGCAUCUAAAACAGAGGACCCGCCUUGGCUUCGUUUGUACACACCUGAGCAUAUGGCAAAACUGCAGCUUCAGGACCCAGGUAUCAGCGUCAUUUACGUUGCUAUCCGUGACGGCGUAAAACCGUCUAGCGACGAGAUGCAAACUAGGAGUCCGGAAACUCGUCACUAUUGGGUCAUAUGGGAUACUCUCUGCAUAAAGGAGAACGUGCUUUAUAAGCAGUUCAAAAGUGCGGAUGGUACUCAAGACCGACUUUGGCUUAUUGUCCCCUCAAGCUUACGGAAAGAGGUGUUGCUUCUCGUACAUGAUGCAUUGCCGGCCGAUCAUUUUGGCAUCAAAAGGACUAAGGCCCUUCUAGGUCAGAGUUUUUACUGGUAUGAGGCAAAAGUCGAUGUCAGGCUUCACGUCCUUGGCUGCGACAAGUGCCAGUCUGAUAAGAAGCCGACAAAGACGCCGAAGGCUCCCCUGGGACAUUUAAAGGCCGGUGCUCCCUGGGAUAUAGUGGCAAUUGAUUUUACAGGGCCAUUUCCAAUAACGCAACGCGGUGCACGGUAUAUCUUAGUAGCGACGGACAUUUUCUCCAAGUACGUUGAGGUCAUACCGGUUGCCACUCAAACCGCCGAGGAGUGUGCAAACCAACUAUUGAAUCACGUUUUCUCAAGGUGGGGCGCCCCAUUGUCCAUCCACUCCGUCCAGGGUGCGGCGUUUGAAAGUAGAGUAUUGAAGGAAGUUUGCGCUCUUCUGCAAAUUAGGAAAACGCGUACAAGUGCCCGCCACCCACAAGGCAACGGCCAAGUGGAGAGAUUUAUGCGAACAUUUAUGCGUAUGGUUCGUGCCUUCCUGGUAGGAGAGCAAGACGCCUGGGACGAAAACCUUGGCUGCCUGGCCGGUGCAUACCGAUGCACCAUUCAGGAGUCAACUCGCCUCACGCCCAACAUGCUGGUUCUAGGUAGAGAAGUACGUAUGCCGGCCGAGGUAAUAUUUGGUAGCGCGAGUUCAGUACCUAGCGAAACAGUAAGUCCCACUGACUACGCGGCGCUAUUGCAUUUAAGGCUCGAGCAGGCACACGAGGUUGCACGUAAGCACCUUCAUAAAACUGCAAACUCGAGUAAGGAGAUAUACGAUGCAAGAAUGCAUUUCCACCAGUAUCAAGUCGGUGAUCUGGUGUGGUGCCUUCAUGAGACGCGUUCGGUUGGUGUGUGUCCAAAGCUGGAGAGAGCAUAUGACGGUCCAUACUUGAUCGUGAAAAGACAUUCACCUAUAAACUUUGAGUUACAAAUCAACGUAGAUGGCGUAAAACGCGUCGUACACCAUAAUAAAAUUAAGCCUUACUCCGGUCGUGAGCCGCCGAACUGGGUAUUGCGAGCGCAGAAACGUUUAGCCCGCAUGUAA